UCCGGAGUUCGCUAUGAGCACAAGAGUUGAAAUGGCGAGCGAGAAAGAAGCUUCGAGGGGGUUGGAAUGGCAGGUGACAGUUCCUGGUGGCUCAUCGGUGAAGCUGGAGAGCGACUCUGUGCCAACCGCAGCCGGAUGGAGGAUGCAUCGUCUCAAGUCAGCAUUGACAUCGAAGGUGUUCGAUUUCGCGAGCACGGUGCGGAAGAUCGCCGCCGACGAUCCGCGGAAGGUCGUCCACUGCAUGAAGGUAGGGCUUGCGCUGGCUCUCGUCUCCGUCUUCUACUACACCCGGCCCUUGUACGAUGGAGUUGGUGGCGCUGCUAUGUGGGCCGUGAUGACAGUGGUGGUCGUAUUCGAAUUCACAGUAGGAGGUAGCCUGUACAAAGGACUGAACAGAGCCACUGCAACCCUGAGCGCUGGAUCUGUAGCAUUUGGCAUUCACUGGCUCGCGAUCAAGUCAGGGAGAACCGCAGAUCACAUAAUUCUUGGGGCCUCAGUCUUCCUGCUGUCUUCUGCUGCGACGUUCUCCAAGUUCAUCCCCACCAUCAAAGCCCGGUUCGACUACGGCGUCACCAUAUUUAUCCUCACCUUCAAUCUGGUCGCGGUGUCGAGCUAUCGCGUAGAGAAGUUGCUAGCGUUGGCUCAGUGGCGAUUCUGCACCAUAACCAUCGGAUUCUGCAUCUGCCUCACGGUGUGCGUCGUGAUCUGCCCCGUUUGGGCCGGCGAGGAGCUCCAUCGCCUCGUCAUGCGCAACAUGGAGAAGCUUGCGGACUCCUUGGAGGAAUCGGUAGCCGAGUACUUGGAGGAGGAAGGCGGUGUCGACUGCAACCAGAAGCUCGGUCAAAAAUCACAAGGCUAUAAGUGUGUUCUCAACUCCAAAUCGUCUGAGGACUCGCUGGCUAAUUUAGCCAGAUGGGAGCCCUCUCAUGGUUGCUUUAGCUUUCAACAUCCAUGGCGACGGUACCUCGAGGUCGGCGCUGCAAUGCGGCAAUGCGCAUACUGCAUCGAAUCACUCGAUAGUUGCAUCAAUUCGGAGAAUCAGCAGCCACCUGAUUCUGUGAAGAAGCAUCUGGCCAAAGUCUACGCAAAAGUGACAACAGAGUCGUCCAAGGUUCUGAAAGAGCUGGCGAGUUCAUUCAGGUCCAUGAGGAAGCCAUCAAGCAUAGAUUAUUUAGUCGAGGAUAUGAAGAACACAGCAGACGAGCUCCAGAACGCCCUUGGUUCUCUCCCGCAAGAAGCAACCUCGCUCAUCGUGGAAACACUGCCUCUCAUCACGGCGGCUUCUCUUCUCAUCGAGGUGUCGGUAAGAGUGGAAGGCGUGGUCCACGCCGUCAAGGAGAUCACUGCACUGCCUUGUUUCAAGCCCACUAAUGGCGAGGAACUCAAGGCCCAAAACAAGGCUCCGUCCACCGUAGCAUAGGACUUGCGAGUUAGCAGAACACCUUUUUGCUUGCAGCUGAGUUAAUUCUGCGAAGCCCUUUGCUUCCAUGUAUUCAGAUGUCUGCUGUCAUAUGUUCUAGCAAUACGCGCAGACAGACACCAUAAAAGUAAUGCAUGACUAAAUCCUUGUAGCUUUGAGUUUGAGCAUUGUUGGAUGCUCUUUUGGUGUGUGUUACUGUCCACACUGAUUCAUUACUGCCCUCUCAGCAAUUACUACUUUCC